AUGCCCGCGAAAAAGAAGGUCGCUCCGGCGCCUGCCGCCAAGAAGGCGCCGAAGCAGCCGACGAACCCUCUGUUCGAGAAGCGGCCGAAGAACUUCGGCAUCGGGCAGGACCUGGCGCCCAAGCGGGACAUGCACCGCUUCGUCAAGUGGCCCAAGUACGUCCGCGUGCAGCGCCAGAAGCGCGUCCUGAACCAGCGCCUCAAGGUGCCCCCGGCGCUGACCCAGUUCGCCAAGACGCUGGACAAGAACACGGCCACCACGCUCUUCACGCUCCUGGCCAAGUACCGCCCGGAGGACGCCGCCACCAAGAAGGAGCGCCUCCUCGCCGAGGCCAAGGCCCGCGCGGACGGCAAGACGGUGGAGAAGAAGCGGCCGAACGUGGUGAAGUUCGGCAUCAACCACGUGACGCAGCUGGUGGAGGCCGGCAAGGCCAAGCUGGUGGUGAUUGCGCACGACGUCGACCCGAUUGAGAUCGUGGUGUGGCUCCCCGCGCUGUGCAAGAAGAUGGGCGUGCCGUACGUGAUCGUCAAGGGCAAGGCCCGCCUCGGGCAGGUCGUGCACAUGAAGAACGCGGCCGCGCUGUGCCUCACGGGCGUCGACAACGCGGACCAGCGCGAGUUCGCCAAGCUGACGGAGAGCGCCAUGGGCAUGUACAACAACGGCACGCGCGCGCAGUGGGGCGGCGGCAAGCUCGGGCCCAAGGCCGCCGCGAAGCUCAAGAAGCGCGAGCGCGCCCUCGCGCGGGAGCUCGGCGCCCGCGCCGCCGCGGUGGCGUAA